AUAUAUUAUACUAGGCCAAAAACCAUUAACGUUUCUGAUUUUACACAUUGCAUUAUUAUAUCGGACCCGAGCAAUUUACUCUUAUAUACAAGAAUUUAGAACCGAAGACACCCGAAACUGAUUCUCUACUCAGUGCAAUACAUAAUUUAGAUUAUAUCUGAUUAUAUACAUAUAAAAGUAUAAUAGACACGUAUAUAAGUAGAGUCAAUUUUGUAAUUCAGGUAAAAUUUUAGUUAACGAAAAAAGAUAAGUUACUGACCAUCUCAUUCAUAGGAACUACCAUGCUUACGUCGGCCGUUCGAGGGAUCGCAAAACGAUCUUUUUCUACUUCAAAAUGGGCUACCGCACAGCAGAUGACUGUCAGAGAUGCUUUAAAUUCAGCCCUGGAUGAAGAAAUGGAACGAGAUGAACGAGUAUUUUUGAUGGGCGAAGAAGUUGCUCUUUACGAUGGUGCUUAUAAAGUUUCUCGGGGCCUUUGGAAAAAAUACGGUGAUAAACGUGUAAUUGAUACUCCAAUUACUGAGUCUGGAUUUGCUGGUCUUACGGUUGGAGCAGCUAUGGCUGGAUUACGACCCGUGUGUGAAUUUAUGACUUUCAAUUUUGCCAUGCAAGGAAUUGAUCAAAUAAUAAACUCAGCUGCUAAAACAUUUUAUAUGUCUGCGGGUAAAGUAAAUGUACCAAUAGUAUUUCGGGGACCUAAUGGUGCAGCCGCAGGUGUAGGUGCUCAGCAUUCUCAAUGUUUUGGAGCUUGGUACGCACAUUGUCCUGGUUUAAAAGUUAUUUCUCCUUACAAUAGUGAAGAUUGUAAGGGUUUACUAAAAGCUGCCAUUCGUGAUCCUGAUCCAGUAGUAUUCUUGGAGAAUGAACUUCUUUAUGGUGUUCAAUAUCCAAUGUCAGACGAGGCAAUGUCGAAAGACUUUGUUCUACCUAUUGGUAAAGCUAAAAUCGAACGGCCAGGUAAACAUAUCACUUUAGUAGCACAUUCCAAAGCUGUUGAACUUGCCCUGGAAGCUGCCAACGAGCUUGCUGGUAAAGGAAUAGAAGCUGAAGUUAUCAAUUUACGAUCACUUAGACCUUUAGACACGGAAACUAUUCUCAAAUCAAUAGCAAAGACCCAUCACCUUGUUUCUAUAGAACAAGGAUGGCCGACGUGUGGCAUUGGUGCAGAAAUUUCUGCGAGAAUUAUGGAGAGCGAAGCAUUUUACCAUCUUGAUGCACCGGUUAUACGUGUUACGGGCGCUGAUGUUCCAAUGCCAUACACCAAAUCAUUGGAAGCUCUGGCUCUUCCACAGUCCCAAGAUGUUGUUAAAACAGUUAUAAAACUUUUAGGUGCAUCGCAGUAGCAAAAUUAUAUAGAAAAAUGAAAGGAUUAAAUAAUCGUUCAUUUAUCCAAAUUAAUUUGGUGUUCUCAUUGUUUGAUUAUUUUUUCCUUUUGCUAUAAGGAACUAAUAAAUGAAAUAUUUCUUUCAGUAGAAAA